AAAGACGAAAGACAUUCCCUUGGCAUUGACAGAAUCAAUCUGAAUCUUGUGUACUCGAGGAUUUAAUAUACGAUAUCAGUGACCGUAUUAGGUGGGAUCGGACCAUUUUACCUCUAAAAGUAUUGAUACCAUUGAUUUUGGGAUCAUUUUAUUCCCUAAUGAUGAUACUGAAACCAAUACCGAUAUCUCAAUAUCGGUAUCGGUUGAUAUUGAUUUGUAUUGAUCAAUAGAUACACUAUACCAAUACAUAUUUGCUUGUACUAGCAUGCCCCAAAGCAGUGAGAGAGAAAUUUUCGAACAAGGGAAGAGACGUGGACCGGUGGAUGUGCUUGUGGACUAGACCGAUUCGAAUUGGUGAUACAAUUGCGGUCCGUCCAAAAAGGUGACCCAUUAAAAAUCAAAUCAACGGUAUGGUAGUGGGGGAUAUUCUUUUCCCUACAAUAGUUAACUGGAUUUUCAGAAUCUUAGAGGGUAGUUACGUCAUUAAAAAAGUUCGCGACUUAUUGGAGUAUAGUUUCCAGUUACUGUUGGAACUUGAAACCCUCAUUUUUCACUUUGAAGCAGAGGUGCAGCUCCGGAGUCCGGACAGGAGCCGCUCGGACUUACCUGAGGAUUCCUCGGUCUCUCUCUCUCUCUCUCUCUCUCUCAAACCCAGCAAGCAGAAUGGCGAAGCGUGAGCUCUCCAGCACCUUGAAGAAUUUGAAGUUCAUGCAAAGGGCAGUUCAGAAAGAGGAGAAACAAAAGAAAGAAGAAGAUGAGGUCAAACCCGUCGGAAAUUUCGUCUCUGCUAACACCCACAGGAAAUGCAUAGUCAUAAUGGAAGGGUCUCCCCAUCCAGGGGCAUUGAAAGGUCGGAUGUCAUUUCAAAGUUUUAAUCCUUCUAUUGAUAAAUUGAAUGAAGAAAUAGCAACUCCUGGUCAAUCAGAAGCGUCGUCCACAAGUGCUGGCAAUCAAAUCAGUUAUGAUAGAGAGAAUGAAUCCUCGCAGAUCAGAUCAGAAGACUCAUAUGUAGCUAGAUCUGAUAGUAAUUCUGAUGUAGACCAUAAAAGGAAACAACCAGAUGCUAACAAGGGAACACAUCCUCCAAAUAAAUCUCAGAGAAAUGCAAGUGAAGGAGGUGAUCAAUGUUCAUCAGCAGGUAGCAGUAAAGGCUCUUCCAAGCAACAUAAGCGUGAUAAGUUGGACUGGAAUGUUCUAAGACCACCAAAGUCUGACAACAAGCGGGUUUGAACAUGCUUUGCGAUCAUUUUAGUAGAUGUGUGAUUGUUCCACCUGCAUCCAGGUUUUAACAAAUUUAAAUCCAUAUCAUAUGAUGUUUUCAGUACAAGAAAAUUUCUUUUUUCUUAACAAGUUUUUUGAUUCUGUGGCCUUCACAGGAGGGCUAGUUGUUUCAUUGGAUUAUAUCUGUAGUUUGUAGUUUUUUUCGUCUGUUUUUUUGGGUCGGAAGUUUGUAGUUGGUUUAACAGUCUAAAGAGGAAUUGAUUGUCUAAA